GAUAUUCCUUCUAUUCGAAAACCACGAAUUCUAACCCUAGCCGCCUUCGAAAUUUCCCAAUUUUUUCAUCAAUUUUUUUCUUCGAUUUCGCACUCCGAUCCUCUCCUUCUUCUGGAUCGAUCUUCUAAUCAGUUGUAAUUUCAAUUUUCCUCUUUGUUUGAUCUUCCGAUUGAUAUCUGUUUUUAUCGCAGCCCCUCGCUGUGGUCAAAUCUAGGGUUUGGUCAUCCUUUUCACGAUCGAAGUCUCCAAACGUUAGAUCCGAUUAAGGAUUUGUUUCAUUAUUGAUUCUUUCCAAUAUUCCUCUCGAUUUCGGUUUUGAUUUUCGACUUUUCCCUAAUUUUUAAUCGUUUUCAGCUCUUGUAUUUUCGGACGCCCAUACGGCUCGCUAGAUCUGUAAAUUAUCAGAGGGCUUUUGUCUUUUCUCCUGAGAUUUCACCGUUUCUUCAUUUUUUGAUUCGUGAUUUGGUGAUAUUUGUCGCAAAUUGAAAUCUAGUGGUAGGGUUUCCUUUGGAAUUGGGGAUUUUUUUUCUUCCUGAGAUUCAAUUAGGGAAACAUAAUUUUCUGUUGUUAAUUUAUUGUAAGACUUCAAUUCAGCUCCCCUAUAUCCAUCAAACCUUCUAGAAUCAUCCAUUUAUCUACCAUAUUUGUCCUUUACCCAGUAGAACCACCUUUACCGUUUUAAUAGGUCAGAUAAAAUGGGAUUGAAACGCCCUUUUGAUAUUGUGGAUGGGCAAGAGUUCAACGUUAAGCAUGCAAGACCACUUGCUCAGGAUGGGCAAGAGUUCAACGCUAAGCAUGCAAGACCACUUGCUCAUGGCAAUAACUUGACCCAAUUAGAUUUGGUAGUUCCAUAUCACGUUUCCUUUGGGAAACCAGGUGUCUUUGGGGAGCUUAUGAGUGACCUAUGCAGGUCGGAAUGUGAGGAGAUUGAAGGUGAGACUUCGAAUGAAUAUGGAAAUCUUGUUGACAAGGGUUUUGAGGCCAGCUCGUGUGAUGAGGAUGCUGGGUCUGGUGCGACGAUUGAGUCAUCCCUAUCACACGAAUCUCAUGAGUUAAAUUUCCCCUGGAGGCCACUUUCUCCUGUGGAGGAUGUAUAUUCGUGUUUGCUGGAUUGUUCUCCUAGGAAGCAAGUUCCCGUUGGUUCUAAUUAUCAGGCUGAUAUCCCUGAAUUUGGUAGGCCUGCCAAGGAAGAGAUUCUGGAGGACUCAGUUACAGCUCGGAAGAGUCAUGGAGAUGAAAGACUGAUGGGAAAGUGCAUAAUUCCAGGUCCCAACUUUGAUGCAACUGGAAUUGAGGUUUCCAAAACUGGAAAAGGAAGAGAGGAUUGCUUCUGCUGGGACAAGGGCUCCAUCAGAUGUGUGCGACAACAUACCGUGGAAGCCAGGGAAGACCUUAUCAAAACGAUGGGGUAUGGAAAAUUUGUGAAGUUAGUUUUCUGUGAAAUGGGGGAGGAAGUUGCCCGGAAGUGGGCUGAAGAGGAGGAAGAUCACUUUCAUGAGGUUGUUUACUCCAACCCAGUUUCACUGGGUCAGAAUUUUUGGAAGAACCUAAAGGCGGCCUUUCCUUCACGAACCAUAAAGGAGCUUGUGAGCUAUUAUUUUAAUGUCUUUGUCCUGCAAAGACGGGCCGCACAGAAUCGUUCUGAAAGCUUGGACAUUGACAGUGAUGAUGAUGAAUGGCAAGUAGAUUAUGAUACUUUUUAUGGAGCCCAAGCUCCAGGUGAGGAAGAAAACACUUGCAUGGCAUCUUCUUUUCACCGCCACACUGGAGUAGAGUACGAGAGAAAGGAUAAUGAGGAUGAACAGAAGGGCAGUGAUGGUCACCGAGGUAACGUGGGAGAUUGCUCUGGAAAUGCGACUAAAGAAGAUUCAAUCGACAAUAUCUGUAAUGUAUAUAAUGACAAGGUUUCGAGUAAAGACAGGGAUGAGGUAACCAUCGAAGAAGAUGACUCGUGUGCGUCUUUGGAGUUUCAAACCGGUGUGGUCUACAAAGAGAAACCCGACAACAUGGGCAAAUGUUGGCGCCAUAGAUUUGAUGGGUGUGGAGAUCUCGUCAAUCAAUUGUAUUCAUUCGGUGCGUCAAACCUUUGGACCAAGAAAAUUGAUCUUCUGCCAACCUCGAACAUGAUCGAGGAGAUAUUCGGCCAAGAUGACUGGGAAGACAGUUCCAGGGGAAGAAGUUAAUGAGGAGGAGGGCUCUCUUCUCGGUGUUUCAUCUCUCUCUUGUGUGUAAAUGCAUUGUUUUGAGAAGCAUAAGCUUAAAGUUCCCUCCUUUGAAUCAUUUGGUUAGGACCAGGUUGGAGGAGGAGGAGCUCAUGUUGGGUUAACCAUGAAAUUUGUACAGCUAAGUGUCUUUUGUCCUUUGUAUAUCUAAAUUAGUUUCCCCUGUAAAAAAAACAAGAAAAAAGCAGAAAGUUUGUGAAAAUCAUCCAGGUUGUGUAAAAAAGCUCAACUUUUUGUCAUAA